AUGUAUAUAUCUCAGGAGAACUAUUUAUCUAUAUUGGUUUAUGAACGGUUUACUAACUUUGUCGUAGUUGUUGAAUUUGAAAGAAUUUUACCAGAUUUGUUCACUGUUUAUGAAAAUGCUGAUAAAGAAUUGAAUGUUUUAUCAUCUGAUGUCUUACCAGUGGACUUUCACGAGGAUAAUUCAAUGGAUAUUGUUCAGUCUCAUAAGACGUUUGUUGAUUCCAAGGGACCUAAUGUUAAAACCACCACAAUCAAUCAGAAAUACCAAGAUAAGAAAUAUACGUCCCCAUAUGAACUUUAUCACGAUAUCAAGAUUGUAUGCUCUGUAUUGUUGAACAACACAGAAGUGGGAUCAAAGGAAUACAAAGAGUUAGAUUUCUUUUAUAAAUUCACUACGGAAAUUUUGUUACGUGAAGUUGGAAGUAUCAUUGUGUUCAAUAAUCCAGUAGCAGAAGUUAAAUCAGAAUUGGAAACUCAACUACAAGAAGAUUUUGAUAAGAUUAUAACAUCCUAUAACAUUAGUAAUGGGGAAGUGAUAACAUAUAUCUCGAAAACCGAAGAACAAGAGCCCCAACAACCAUACUCAAACUUAUAUGCUAAUCAAUCUCCAGUUGUAAAACAAAGAAUCCAGCCAUUAUUUUCAUCCGUUAUAAAUAAGUCAGAAUUGGACAGUAAUAGAACAAUUGUACCCGACCCUUUCUCAGUUUCUAAAGUCGUACCUAUUGUGAAGGAUUCAGCCAGAUCCGAAAGCGUGUUAGAUCAAUUAACUCCAAUAAGUAACAAGAUCCCAUCACCCUUGGAAGCUUCGAGUUCCCAAAUAUUGCACGACUUCUUUCAUCCAACGUGGUAUACCAUUAAUGUACCAACUUGGUUAACAUAUAAAGCACAAACCAUCAAACCAACAAGCAGCUUUCCUCUAAAUACUUCGCUCAUUUCAAAUAACGCGCAAGGUCAAAAACCAAAAUUAGCAGUUUUACAACAGAGAGAGGCAGACUCUUCGAUUUUAUCAGUUGAUCCUGCUUCUGUUUGGGGAUCUGGUAAUAGUUAUAGAUCAUUUGCUCCCAGGAUAGAUAGUAAAGAAUCAAUCAUUGGUGGUGAAUUAAAGGGAAGAAUAUGGCUUCAUCAUAUAGGUAUAUCCGAAAUUGAAAAAAUCAAACAAAAAUAUUUUGAUGAAUCAGAAAAAUUAGAUGAUAUUGAAAUGAAAGAUGAAGAGGUGGAGGUGGAGGAAGGUGAUCAAGAAGUUGAAGGCGAACUGAAACCAAAUGGAGAUAACAUGAAGGACACCCAAGAAAGUGAAGAUAUCAAGGUAGAAGGAGUGGAGGAAGAAAAGCCAGCUAUACAGGAGGAAGAAGAAUCACCCAUUACAGAUAUUAAUAUUGCUAAUUUAGUACAAUGGGACCCUUCCAAAUUGGAAGAGUUGAAUUAUUUGAAGGAAUUAAAACAAGAUAUUGUAAAGCCAGUGAAAUUACAAAAAUUAAUUUGUAACGCUUUAUUGAAAUUGAAUAAAUUACGACAAGAAAGAUAUCUUAAGAGUGACAUUAGAAAUCCAUUAACUCCAAACCAAGAAGAAGUUAAAUUGUAUCAUAGAAUACAAAAGUUUAUUACUCUUGCUAUUCAAUUAUAUAAGAUAAGCCCUCAAACAUUUUCAUAUGAAUUUAGUCAAAAGAUUCCAGUUUUAGUAUCAGAAUUCAAUGGUACUUUGCCAGGCAUAGCUCCAACGAGAUUAGCUAGUGGUACUUCCUUAACUAAACCUGGAAGAUUACCCAGUAUUAAUAAGUUAAGUAAGAAGAAAAGGUAUUAG